AUCAAAGUACCAAACUAUCAAAGGCAAUGCAGGGCCGUAGGUAACCCAACCAGGCUGUGUGAAUAACGUCAAUAUACACACCACACGUCCUAACCGGGUAACCCUAGCAAAGACCGUUUCUUCAAAUUCUUGGAGCUAGGCCGUACUGAUGAUGAGUUUGAUGACUUGUGCUUUGAUUUUGGACUGGAACUGGAUGAAGUUACUUCGGAGAAAGACAUGAUUAUGAGAGAAACUGGUAGUGGCGAACGAGCUAAGGAGGCUUCUGAGGCAGUUAUCUACAAGGUUGAGGUUCCAGCAAACAGGUAUGAUCUUCUGUGUCUGGAAGGUCUGGUGAGAGGUCUUCAGGUGUUUAAGGAACAGAUUCCAUCACCUCGAUACAAAAGAGUUCCGCCUGCAUCAGGGGAAAUGCAAAAACUCUACAUCAAACCAUCUACACAAGAAGUACGCCCCCACUGUGUAGCUGCCGUACUGAGGAAUAUAACAUUCACCUCGGAAAGUUAUAACAGCUUCAUUGAUCUACAAGAUAAGCUACAUCAGAAUCUCUGCAGAAAGCGAGCACUGGUUGCUAUUGGAACUCAUGACUUGGAUACCAUAAAAGGUCCUUUUAUCUAUGAAGCAAAACCACCAGCAGAUAUCAAGUUUAGGCCAUUAAACCAAACAAAGGAGUACAAUGCUGUGGAGCUAAUGGACCUAUAUUCUGUAGACAGCCAUCUUCGUCACUACCUGCCUAUCAUUAGAGACAAACCUGUUUACCCAGUAAUUUACGACAGCUGUGGUGUACUGCUGUCCAUGCCUCCUAUUAUUAAUGGUGACCACUCCAAGAUCACCCUUGAUACACGCAAUGUCUUCAUUGAGUGUACAGCAACGGAUCUUACAAAGGCAAAGAUUGUAUUGGAUGUGUUAGUGACCAUGUUUAGCCAGUACUGUGCAGAACCUUUUACAGUAGAACAAGCAGAGGUUAUCCAGUGUGAUGGCUCCAGUGCAAUUUAUCCGGAGCUCAAACAUUGGGAGGCAGUUCUUAAGGUGGACGAAGUUAACAAGAAAGUAGGAAUAAGAGAAAGUGGAGAAACUAUAGCUACACUGCUAACAAAAAUGUGCCUAAAGUCUGAAGUUAUUGAGGAUGGUUCAAAGGUGAAAAUCGACAUUCCACCAACGCGCGCGGAUGUGAUCCAUGCCUGUGAUAUCAUUGAGGAUGUUGCUAUAGCCUAUGGAUACAAUAACAUAAAGAAGACAAUUCCAAAUUCAGGAACAAUAGCUGCAGAAUUUAGCCUUAACAAGUUAACAGAUCUGCUGAGACAGGAAGUGGCUAUGGUUGGCUUCACGGAAGCACUAACCUUUUCUCUGUGUUCACAAGAUGAUAUAUCGGUGAAACUACGAAAAGAUAUAAAGAGUGCCCCUGCUGUACACAUAUCCAAUCCUAAGACACUCGAAUUUCAGGUGGCUAGGACAACAUUGCUAGCUGGUAUAAUGAAGACUAUAGCCAGCAACAAGAACAUGCCUCUGCCCAUGAAACUGUUUGAAAUCUCUGACGUGAUACUGAAGGAUAACAACUAUGACGUCGGUGUGAGGAACGAGCGACGUCUGUGCGCCGUGCACUACAACAAGAACCCAGGUUUUGAAGUGAUUCACGGACUUCUUGAUCGCAUAAUGCAGCUACUGGCGGUGCCCUUCAGCCGCGAGUGCGGCUACCACAUUCGCUCCUGUGAAGAUGCCACUUACUUCCCAGGCCGGUGUGCAGAAAUAGUAUACAAGGGCGAAGUGAUUGGAAGGCUGGGAGUGCUACAUCCCGAUGUCAUCGUAAAGUUUGACCUCAGCCUCCCCUGUGCUGCACUAGAGAUUAACAUCCACCCGUUUCUCUGAGACGGCCUUCUUAUGGCAGUAGCGUAUCCCCGUGCAUCUUGCAGGUUGGUUGCUCCUGUGCAUCGUACCCAGUUUCACGUGUUAUCUGUUAUUACAACUUCAUCAAUAUAGCUCUUCAUCACCCACAGAAGACCAAGUAAUCAAUGUGACCUGAUAUUUAUACGAUGACCGUUUUAAUCGCACUUCCCUGGCGUUGCGAGCGCUACAAUGACCAAACUGAUGAUUGGUUAAUCAUUUAACAAUCAUACGUUCAUUAUAUUUUCAUUAUCAUUGUAGAGGUCAGUGUGUUAGUUUUUUGUAACGUUAAUUUAUCGUUGCACCGUUCACAUUGCAUUAUUUAUCUGCAAAUCAUAACAAAUUCUCAUAACUGAGUAACAGUUAAUUAGUGUCAGUCAUUGAGUAUACUGCAAUUGGUAAAGGUAUUGGAAGGCGACUACUGUAAGUAAACUAUUGUGUACAACUCAGCUGUGUAACUUCAUAGCAUAGACUGCUAUCAUGCAUAUGUCUCCUACAAUAAGACAGAUUACCAACUAAAAAUGCUUCCUUUGUAAGGCACUUAUUUGCUGUACAUUACAGUAUGUUGUAUAUCAUGUAUGUUAUCAAUUUGCCCUGAGGUCAGGUGUGAAACUUCAUUGUGAAGAAGGUUAAGUCGUAUAUCGCAUAAUCAGACAUGACUACAUAGUGUGUGAAUCUUAUUAUUCACGCAAUCUACAAUUCAUGCAAGCAAUUAAGCUACAACUCAUUGAAAUUCAAUGAUAAGCUGAUAUAUUAAAAACCCAGUGUGUACUAACUUUUGUGGCUAUUUCUCUAUUUAUCACGGUGACGUAAAUAUAUAAAAUACAUUAUGAAUUAAAGUGAUGACAG